AUGGGCUGCUGCACGGGGCGCUGCACGCUGAUCUUCCUCUGCUCGCUGCAGCUGCUGGCAGCAUUAGAGAGACAAAUCUUUGACUUCCUGGGUUUCCAGUGGGCUCCUAUCCUUGGCAAUUUCCUACAAAUAAUAGUUGUCAUUUUGGGUUUGUUUGGAACCAUCCAGUUUAGGCCUCGAUAUAUAGUUGUGUACACGGUGUGGACUGCCCUGUGGGUCACCUGGAAUGUUUUCAUUAUCUGCUUCUAUUUGGAAGUAGGCGGGCUUUCUAAGGAAACGGAUCUCAUGACCUUUAACAUCUCAAUGCACCGCUCCUGGUGGCGGGAGCACGGGCCCGGCUGCAUACGAAGGGUGGUGCGUCCUUCUUCCCCUGGCAUCCUCGAGGAUUACUCCUAUGUCUCCGUGACAGGCUGCAUCAUUGAUUUCCAGUACCUAGAGGUCAUUCACAGUGCUAUCCAAAUACUGCUCUCCCUGAUUGGAUUUGUGUAUGCCUGUUAUGUGAUCAGUAUUUUCAUGGAGGAGGAGGACAGCUGUAAGUACUGA